UAGGAAGAUAAUUUUAAAUAGUUUUCAAUAGUUUUACACAGGCAACGUGGAAGAGGAUUUAACUGUGAUAUCUCUUAAAAUAUGGAAUAUAUGUACCGUUUACCAUUUUUGGCAUUAGAAGUACCUAAUUUGAAGUUAAAAAAGCCAUCAUGGUUCGUGAAACCCAGUGCUAUGGUCGUUUUCUCAUUCAUACUGUUUUCAUAUUUUCUAGUAACAGGAGGUAUAAUAUAUGACGUAAUUGUGGAACCACCUAGUGUAGGCUCAACAACUGAUGAACAUGGUCACACAAGGCCUGUGGCAUUUAUGCCAUAUCGUGUGAAUGGUCAAUAUAUCAUGGAAGGAUUAGCGUCUAGCUUUCUUUUCACUUUAGGUGGAGUUGGCUUUAUAGUAUUAGAUCAAACACAUAGUCCAUCAACUCCCAAACUUAAUAGAAUUCUUUUAAUAUGUGUUGGAUUUAUUAGCAUUACAGUAUCAUUUAUUACCUGUUGGAUUUUCAUGAGGAUGAAGUUACCGGGAUAUUUACAAUCAUAGGCUUAAAUUAAUGUAACAUGGAAUUUAAUAUUUUUACAUAAUAAAUUCAUCUUAUUUUAUACCAAACAUAUUAAGAAUGUAAUUUAU